AACGAGGGAAGGACGAGCAGGAAACAAAUACAACGUGGGUUAUUCAGCGUGGAUUACAAGUCGAGUAAGAUGAGCUUCAACAAUGGUAACAUCCCACCGAAUGUGCAACAGCAGAUUCACCUGCAAAUGCUUCAACAGCAACAAUUGCAACAGCAGCGUGAUUUACAACAUUUGACUCCACAACAGUUGCAAAUGCUUCAACAACAACAUCAACAACAAGCUCAACUAGCUGUUGGUGGGAUUCCUUCUCAAAUGGCUGGUAUUGUACCUCCUCAUUUGACUCCACAACAACAACAACAGCUGUUGACUAAUCAGAGAUUGGCGGCUCUGAAGCAACAACAACAACAACAACAGCCACCACUGUCACAACAACAAGUACAACAGCACCCACCUCCAAUAGCUUUACAACAUUUCCAACAACAGCAACUGGCUCAACAACUUCCUCAACACCAGCAGAUGCCUCAACAGACGUUUGCCAAUAUGAAAGGCGCUGUGCCUGGUGUGGGAAUGCCCAUCAAUGCUCAGCAGAUUAUAGCUAGUACUUUAGAACCAUGGGAGAACUUACACUACUGGAGUGGGAAGUUGAAAAAGGAAGGGCUGCCACCUGAUGGUGAUGUGACUUUCUUUGAACAGUUGAUAAACAGGGAUUUGACCAACCGUGAGGUGCUAACCAAGGAGAGGUUGGAGACUGGUAAUAAACCCUUGAUUACGCGUCUCAUGAAAGACUUGAAGUUCUACAACGAUUUAAAGCUGGCUCGUAUGAAGACAAUUCACUAUUCGAGCGCUAAGCAGUAUACCAGAAGUAUAUGGGGAGAGGGUUAUCAAGGGUAUGGGAAUGGCUUUACAGAUGGCCCAACAAUGGUUCUUUUACCAAGAAACAGAAAGAAGCAUACUAGAAUAGGAGAUGUCUACAUCAAUAAGAAGGAGAUGGACUUACAAGCUUUAAGACCUGAUGAACUGAUUCCGAUUAGACUUGAAUUUGAUUCUGAAAAGGACAAAUUCAGCUUGAGAGAUACUUUUGUCUUGAAUGCGAACGAUAAGACUGUAACACUGGAACAAAUUGUUGCCACCUUGAUGGAAGAUUACAGAUUCACCAAUCCACUUUUUGCUGAUACAGUGUUAGUUUCGAUCAAGGAGCAGAUCAACGAGUACCAUCGUCAUUCCAGUCAGGGUAAAUUUGGAGAUGAUCAAAGAAUCAUUGUCAAAUUGGACAUUGCGAUUGGUAACAACCAUUUGAUCGAUCAAUUUGAAUGGGAUAUUUCGAAUCCCGAGAACAACCCUGAGGACUUCGCCACUGCUAUGGUUGAGGAGUUGUCAUUGACCCCGGAGUUCAUCACGGCUAUAGCACACUCCAUUAGAGAACAGGCUCAGUUGUAUACCAAAUCCCUACACCUUGUUGGCUAUGAUUUCAAAGGCGGGUUCAUUGAAGACGACGACAUCAGAAACAGAAUGGCGUCUGUUGUUACGCAUUUGGACUAUCUACGUCCAAGGUCAACUCUCACACAAUUCACGCCGCAAGUCUUGGAGAUCUCCAACGCUGAGUUGGAGAGAAUCGACAAAGACCGGGAGCGUGAUUCAAGACGUAAGAGAAGACAAGGACGUUCCGGACGCCGUGGUGGUCCUCAGCUACCAGACCUUUCCGACUUGCCAAAGACAUUGAGAACGCCUGUGCCAACCACCGUGCUACCUGGUGGGCUGGACCUGGGCCCUGACACCUCUUCAUACGUCGAGGUUAUAGAGACGCAGAACAAGCCUGUCGAUAUCUCACAGAGACCAAACGUAAUCAACAAUGAAGCGCAGCCGCAAGAAGCCGAAGGCGUGGUUGAUCCUACAAACGCCACAGCUAACACACCUAAGGCCGAGCCUACAACGCUAAAGAAGAAAAGAGUCGUCUUCAACCAUCAACCGGGCAUGAAGUGUAUAGUCUCCAUAAAGCUUUGAUGUUGAAAGAGAUGAGGUUGAU